UCUCUCUCUCUCCCCUUGGCUCCACUCUCUCUCCCCAGUGAGGAUGACAUCCCCGAAUGUGAUGAACCAGCAAAGCUCUCAUUCUGGCUGGUGGCUUGCGAGGGAGACCCCACAUGAACGGGCGUACUGGACGAGGAGGUGCCGCGUCUAAAGAGCUUCGUGGAGGAGCUGCCAGCUGCAGCAGCCCCUGAAUUCGUGACUACACAUCCAUCAACUCGCGAGAUAAGACCGUCUCCUUUUGGAAAAGCCUCAUUAAAACUCCAGAACAGCCGGAAUUGCUGGACACAUGUCACAGGUAUUACUCUUCACAUGGUUGAGCGGGAGAUUUCACUUGUCCAGAGGAAGAUGUCUGACCUUGAGUCGGUGUUGCAGCAGAAGGAUGUAGAGUUGAAGGCCUCUGAGAGCCAGAGGACCAUCCUGGAACAGGACCUGGCAACCUACAUCACAGAAUGCACUAGUCUGAAGCGCAGUUUGGAACAGGCUCGUAUGGAGGUGUCACAGGAGGACGACAAAGCUCUGGACCUCCUCCAUGACAUCCGGGAGCAGAGCAACACGCUUCAAGAGAUCAAAGAGCAGGAAUAUCAUGCCCAGCUGGAGGAAAUGCGGGUCUCCAUACGACAGCUGGAGGAGGACCUGUCGGCUGCCCGUCGCCGUAGCGACCUGUACGAGUCUGAGCUGAAAGAUUCUCGGCAGACCAGCGAGGACCUGAAGAGGAAGUCUGCAGACUACCAGCAAAGGAUGCAGAAGGUCAAAGAGCAAGGCAAAGCAGAUACAGAGGAGACCAUCACCAAGAUGGAGAAGACCAGUGCUGAGCAGCAGACCAAGAUCCAGGAUCUUCUAGAGAAGCUUGCCAAGUCGUUAAAGGCCAGCGCCGAGGCGACCGACUUGCUUCAGAGUAUGAGAGUGGCCAAAGAGCGCAUGGAGCGAGAUCUGGAGCGGCUACAGCACAAAGAAGCCUCCAGUGACAGCCUGCGCAGACGCCUCCGUGAGACAGAGGACGGCAGGAAGACUCUGGAGAACCAGGUGAAAAGGCUAGAGAUCGUCGAGCGCCGGGAGACGAAGCUGAAGGAGGAGAUCCAGAGCAAGGCCCUGCAGAUUCAGCAGAUGGCAGAUAAGAUUCUGGCGCUGGAGGACAAUCUGCGAGAAACACAAUCCACGUCCCAACAGCUGGAGACUCAUCUGAAGCAGAAGGACAAGCUUCACGAAGACAAGAUGAAGGUGUUGGAGGCCCAGUUGAAGGCGGACAUGGCCGAUAAGGAGAUGCUGGAGUCCAGUCAGAGCAAAUAUGAGGAGGAGGUGCGGGAGAAGUGCAGCAUCAUCGGUGACCAGAAGGCGACCAUAAAUGCUAUGGACUCUAAGAUGAACAGCCUGGAGCAGAGAAUUGCUGAGCUGUCGGAGGCCAACAAACUGGCAGCCAACAGCAACAUCUACACACAGAAAAACAUGAAAGCGCAGGAGGAGAUGAUCUCAGAGCUUCGCCAGCAAAAGUUCUACCUGGAGUCUCAGGCUGGGAAGUUGGAGGCCCAGAAUGCCAAACUGGAGGAGCAUCUGGAGAAGAUGAGCCAGCAGGAGCAGAGCAACAAGAGCCGCGUGCUGGAACAGGACACUCGCCUGCGAGAGAUCGGGCUGGAGCACGAGGAGCAGAAGCAGGAGAUUAAGCGCCAGGUGUCAGAUCUGACCAUCUCGCUGCAGGAGCGUGAAUCCCAGAUCAGCAAUCUGCAGGCAGCUCGCCACGCUCUGGAGAGCCAACUGCAGCAGGCCAGGAGUGAGCUGGAGGACACCACCGCGGAGGCCGAGGAGGAGAUCACUGUUCUCAGAGCUCACAGAGAUGAGAUACAACGCAAGUUUGAUGUCUUGCGAGACAGCUGUGCGGUGAUCACAGACCUGGAGGAGCAGCUGACCACACUGACUCUGGAGAAUGCCGAGCUGAACCGCCAGAACUUCUACCUGUCCAAGCAGCUGGACGAGGCCUCCGACGAGAGAGAGGACCGGCUGCAUCUCAGCCAAGACGUGGACCGGCUGCGCCGGGAGGUGGCCGACCAGGAGAUGCACAUGAACAACCAGAAACAGAACCUGGAGACACUGAAGACCACAUGCACCAUGCUGGAGGAGCAGGUUCUGGAGCUGGAGACCCUAAAUGACGAGCUGCUGGAGAAGGAGAGACAGUGGGAGGCCUGGAGGGCAACACUCGAGGAGGAGAAGAACCAGGCCGAGAGGACGAUCAGGGACAUCCAGAGACUUCUGGACACCGAGAAACAGAACAGGCUCCGCUCAGAGCAGCGCAGCUCUGAGUCUCGCCAAGCGGUGGAGAAGGCCGUCAAGGAGCACAAAGCCGAGAUCCUGGCCCUGCAGCAGGCCCUCAAAGACCAGAAAGCGAAGGCCGAGAGCCUCGUCGACACGUUUAACGACCUGGAAAAGAAGCAUGCCAUGCUGGAGAUGAACGCACUGAGUUUACAGCAGAAGCUGGAGAGUGAGAGGGAUCUGAAACAGAGGCUGCUGGAGGAGCAAGAGAAACUGCAGCAGCAGAUGGACGCCCAGAAGACCCACAUCUUCCGCCUGACCCAGGGGCUGCAGGACGCUCUGGACCAGACGGACCUGCUGAAGACUGAAAGGACCGACCUGGACUACCAGCUGGAGAACAUCCAGCUCCACCUGCAGGCUGUGUACUCUCAUGAGAAGGUGAAAAUGGAGGGGACCAUCACCCAGCAGACCAAGCUCAUAGACUUCCUCCAGGCCCAGGCUCACGGGGGCUCCAAGAAGAAGAAGGGUCUGUUUGGGCGUCGCCGAGAGGAUCUGUUGGCUGCCAUGGCCGCCCAGACCCAGGGUCAGGCGCAGGGUCAAGGCCAGGUGUCCCCUGUGCCCUCCAUCCAGCCGGUGCCUCUGCAAUACAGCGACAUGAAGAUCGCUCUGGACAAAGAGCGCUCGCGCUGCUCUGACCUGGAUGAUGCUCUGCAGAAAAUGAGAGCGGAGCUGCGAUCUCUGAGAGAGGAAGCGGUCCAGUACAAGGAUCACGGUAACUCUGCGAACCCUGCCUCAGCACGGCAGCAGAUGAUUAUAUCCGCCAUGGUGAAGUCUCCUGAGCACCAGCAGGGUCCGACCAACCUUGCACCCUCCAACUCAGAGCGCAGGAAGGCGACUGCAACACCCGAGGAGAGAAGGAGGGUCACUUUUGAAAAGUUCAGCCGUCGCUUGAAGGACAGUCAGAGAGACCGAGAGCGGUCGGUGCACCACAACACCCCGCACCGCUUCACGGUGGGGCUCAACAUGAGGGCUGCCAAGUGCACCGUGUGCCUGGACACGGUGCACUUCGGGCGCCAGGCGGCCACCUGUCUCCAGUGUCACACCUUGUGCCACCCAAAAUGCUCCCCGUGCCUCCCGGCCACGUGUGGCAUGUCCAGCGACUGCUCCCUGCAUCUGUCCGAGGGCCCGUGUCGGGACAAAGGCAUCUCCCCGGGACAGCAGCUCAAAGAGGCCGGCGGACACAUGCACCUGGAGGGCUGGAUGAAGCAGCCCAGGAACGGGAAGCGAGGCCAGGGCUGGGAGAGUAAAUACAUGAUCCUGGACGGGACUAAGGUGUCCAUCUUCGAGAUAGAGCCCAGAGAAGAAGCAGUGAAGCCACUGGAAGAGUUUGACCUGUGCCUGUCAGAUGGGGAGGUGGUGGUUCAUGGAGCAGUGGGGUCGUCGGAACUGCCCAACACCGCCAAGUCAGACCUUCCCUACGUUCUGAAGCUGGAGUCCCGUUGCCACACCCCCUGUUGGCCCGGAGAGUUAAUUUACUUCAUGGCUCCCAGUUUCCCAGACAAACAGCGGUGGGUGACUGUGAUGGAGUCAGUGGUGGCCGGGGGCCGAGCCUCCCGGGAGAAGGCCGAGGCCGACGCAGCUGCUGUGUCCAAAAGACAAAUGGUUCUGUCUCCUCUGGUCCAGAAGCUGCUUGGAAACUCUCUCCUGAAGCUGGAGGGAGAUGACAGGCUGGACAUUAACUGCACCCUCCCCCUCACAGAUCAGAUAGUCAUGGUGGGCUCGGAAGAGGGCCUGUAUGCCCUGAACGUUAUCAAGAACUCUCUUACUCACGUCCCGGGCCUGGGAUCAGUCUUUCAGAUCCACAUCAUCAAAGAGCAGGAGAAACUUCUGAUGAUCGUGGGCGACGAGAGGGCCUUGUGCCUGGUGGAGAUUAAGAGGGUGAAGCAGUCUCUGGCCCAGUCCCACCUGCCCAACCAGUCCGAGCUGGCUCCCUACAUCUUUGAGACGGUGAAGGGCUGCCACCUGUUCGCUGCAGGGAGAAUAGACAACGGACCUUGUAUAUGCGCCGCUAUGCCGAACAAGAUAACCAUCCUGCGCUACAAUGACAAUCUCAACAAGUACUGCAUUCGUAAGGAGAUUGAAACUCUGGAGCCCUGCAGCUGCAUCCAUCUGACCAGCUACAGCGUCAUCAUCGGUACCAACAAGUUCUACGAGAUCGAGAUGAAGCAGUUUGUGCUCGAGGAGUUCCUGGACAAGAACGACGUGUCUCUCGCCUCGGCGGUGUUCGCGGCCUCUUCCCACAGUUUCCCCAUCGCCAUCAUGCAGGUGGCCAGCAGCAUGCAGAAGGAGGAGUACCUGCUGUGCUUUCACGAGUUCGGAGUGUUUGUGGACACGUACGGGCGAAGAAGCCGCACUGAGGACGUUAAGUGGAGUCGUCUGCCUCUGUCUUUUGCCUACAGAGAGCCCUACCUGUUUGUCACCUACUUCAACUCUCUGGACGUCAUUGAGGUUCAGGGUCACGCGUCUCUGGGUCCGACAGUGUUGGCUCACCUGGACAUCCCCAACCCUCGCUACCUCGGCCCAGCCAUCUCCUCCGGGGCCAUUUACCUGGCCUCCUCUUACCAGAACAAACUGCGGGUGAUCUGCUGUAAGGGAAGUCUGAUCAGGGAAACCGGAGAGCUGCAGAGGACCGGCUCCAGCAGAGGAAGUCCCAGUAAGCGAGGCCCCCCCACCUACACCGAGCACAUCACCAAGCGUUUGACCUCGGGCCCCGGCAGCCAUGACGGCCUGCAUCGGGAGCCCAGCACCCCCCAUCGGUACCGGGAGGGCCGCACAGAGUUCAGACGGGACAAGUCUCCCGCCCGGCUGCUGGACCGGGAGAAGUCCCCGGGCAGAGUGCUGGACAGUCGCAGGGAGAGGUCACCGGGGAGAUUCGGAGACAGCGGCCGGCUUCAUGCCGGGUCUGUGCGCACGCAGCUCGCCCCCGUUAGCAAGGUGUGGGAUCAGUCAUCGGUGUGAAUGCACCUCCACGUUGCUCCUGAUUGGAGACUAAAAAUAAACUAUGGGAAACUCUUGAUCCACCCGAGUGCAAGCACACACACACACACACACACACACACACCAUUGCCUGUACAUAGUGCAGUCCCAGUCCCUCGUCCAGUAACACAUCACCUGCACUGGGACCCGUCUCCUCACGUGCGUUCAUGGGAGUACUCCCAGUGGUUCUGGUGCCAGGGAGCCGACGCUGAUCUACAGAUGGAGAUAAUCUACUUUAUAUGUACUCAAAGUUGUAAAUAUUGGCGUCUGAGUUUUUAUAGAUGAAAGGGAAAAGUCGGCUGGUAAAAGCCAUGUAUAUAUAUUUUUUAACAAUGAGUUUCUCAAGAUGUUGCAGGGAGAUUUACGCCGUUGGUUACGACACGUAUCAAUAUUUAAUUAGAAUCUGAAGUUUAUUGAUGACGCCGAGGUCCGAGGAGGCAAGACUGUGCACAUGAGAUUGGGUUUGAACGGGAGUUUAAAAGAAAGAAGCUCAUUCUUGUUACACGACCAGUCUUCUUUCUCUGGAUCAGAUGUUUUAGCCUUUUAUUAUAUAAUUGCUUUGACAGUCGUCGUCCGGCCAUACUUUGUGAAACAAUUAUUACGCAAGUGUUCCUCGUGUUGUUUUGAGCCAACAUAACAUCGGCUCUGCCUCCGAGGCCGGACGCCCUGCAGCCCGCGUGGCCUCCGCCUGCUCCCGGUCCUCGGCCGCUGCUCCUGACUCCCGUUUCUGUGCAGUGCUUUGAAGUCUAGUAAUCGUCACUUUCCAGUCGGCAGGACCCCAUCCCUUCAUCACAACAGUGAGCACGACCACUCGUAGAGCGGCACUCGUCCACCCCGAUUCUCUCGCUUGUUCCUUUCCGUUGUGUAUUCACUUGGAUUUGCAUUCAAUAAGUAGACGUUGAUGUUAGACAGUAACUUAAGAUGUUCUUGAUUUUUGGAGAUGUAUACUAGUAUAUGCAUUAAACGAAGUGUCUUUA